AUGUCUCAUACGUCUAUAGAAAAUACUGGACCACAAUGCUGGGAUGAAAAACAGGUAAAAUAUUUUACUGAUGAAUAUCCUUGGAUUUUUUUUAAUGAAAAUAAUCUUGGCUGUGAAGUUUGUAAAAAAGGCAACUUAAAUUUAAGCAAAACAAAAGGAACUCAUUUUGCUAAAGAGUGGAUUAAAGGAGAAAUUUGUGCUGUUGGACCAAAUAUUAAAAAACAGCAAGCAAAUCUAAGGAAGAAAAUUUUAUUGCAUAAAACUUCAAAUGCUCAUUUAUAUAUGGAAAGAAUUAUUCAUAAAAGCAAAUUUGAUGAUAUCCCAGAGCAUAUUAAAAAAUUAUCUAAAACUGAAAUAAAAACUACAGAAAAAGUGUUUAGAACUGCAUAUUGUAUUGAUAAAAAUCAACGCCCUUUUUCUGAUCAUCCAAAACUCAUUGAUCUCCAAAUCUAUAAUGGCCUUAAUAUGGGACGAAUCUUACAAAGUGAUAAGUCAUAUUCUAAUAUAGUUGAUCAUAUUGCUAUUGAAAUGAGAAAAAAAGUUUGUAACAUGAUAGAAUUAAGUGCAACAUCUGCUGAAGCAAUAAAAAAUGCAAUUAUUACAAACUUAUUUUAUUAUGGAAUGACUGAUGAUUUUCUCAAAAAGAAUUUGAUUGCAUUUGUCAGUGAUGGUGCAUCAACUAUGCUAGGAAGAAAAGCUGGUGUAAGUACAAAGUUGCAGAGUAUGUAUCCAAAUUUGAUUGUAUGGCAUUGUUUAAAUCACCGUCUUGAAUUGGCAAUUUACGACACAUUGAAAGAAAUUAAUGGGACUAAUAAUUUUCAAUCAUUUAUUGAAAAUUUGUAUACUUUGUAUCAUAACUCACCAAAGAAUAUGACCGAACUUAAGGAAUGUGCUUCAUCAUUAGAACAACAACUGCUACACAUUGGAAAAAUUUUUACCAUUAGGUGGGUGGCAUCAAGUGAAAAAACAAUUAAAGCGGUAUGGAACAAUUAUACUGCAUUAAAUGCACAUUUUUCUAAGUCAUCUGUUGAUAGUUCAAAAAAUUCAAAAGAUAGAUCUAAGUACUCGGGACUUCAAAAAACAUUAGCAUCAAAGGAAUUUGCAACUAAUUUGGGUAUUAUACAUGAUGCUAUUAGUGAGCUAGCUAAUUUAUCAUUGAUACUACAAAAUAGAUGUUUGAGUAUAGCUGAGGCAAAAAAAUGUAUUCUUCGUACUAUUAGAAUUUUUGAAUCUAUGAUAGAUCAUCAUGGUCCAAAAACUGAAGAAGCUUUAAAUGCAUGUGGAAAUGAACGAUUGAUGUUUAAAAAUGUUAAAUUAUCCAAUAAUAAGGUAAUACCAAAAAUUAUGCCAUCCCAAUUUUUCUGA